GAGAUAAAUGAUAAGCGAAAUUGGCGUCUAAACCCUUUCUCCCUUUAGCAGUCGUGGGUCAUUCAUGAAAACGCAACCGCCAUUCAUCGAAACUUCUCUGUAAGCAGAAGCCUAAAGUUCUUCACUCCGCCUUUGCUCUCUCCCAUCAGAUAUCAAACCUCUUCUCUUUUUCUUUUCCACUCUCAUCUUCUCUCUGCUUAUCAUACAGGUUUUCUUUUUCAAAAUCUUUUAUUGUGUAUUUUCUGUAACUGUUCCCCAUCAAUGACUACUCCUUUGGAUAUGUCACUUGAUGAUAUGAUUAAGAGCAGCAAGGGUAAUCGUGAAAGAAUUAGAGAAAGAGGUAGAGCCCGUCGAGGCCGUGGAUCACGUGGGUCCUUUAAUGGUGGUGGUCCUGCUGGAAGAAUGACUGGGCCGGUUCGUAGGGGACCUCUCAGGGUGAAUGCUCAGCCAUCUGCUUACACCAUUGCCAAGUCUAUCCGCAGAACCAAGACCUUCCCAUGGCAGCAUGAUUUGUUUGAAGAUAGUAUCAGAGCUGCAGGAAUAACAGGCAUUGAGAUUGGCACAAAACUAUAUGUUUCCAACUUGGACAAUGGAGUGACCAAUGAGGAUAUAAGGGAACUUUUCUCUGAAAUUGGAGACUUAAUAAGAUAUGCAGUGCAUUAUGACAAAACUGGUCGCCCAAGUGGUUCAGCUGAAGUGGUGUAUACUAGAAGAAGUGAUGCAUUUGCAGCAUUGAAGCGGUAUAAUAAUGUACUGUUGGAUGGGAAGCCAAUGAAGAUUGAGAUCAUGGGUCUCAAUUCAGAAGUUCCUUUAGCUCGUGUGAAUGUUGCUGGAUUAAAUGGAAGGAAGAAGAGGACUGUGGUUAUGACGUCAGGACCUGGUCGUGUUGGUGGCCCUCCUAUGGUUAAUCGUGGUCCUGGUGUUUCUGGAUUUUCCAGUCAAAGGGGUCGUGGUGGACUAAGGAGUGGCCGUGGCCGUGGUGGUAGUAGUAAUGGUGGAGGAGGACGAGGACGUGGAGGUGGUCGUGGCCGUGGUCGUGGCCAUGGUCGUGGCCGUGGUGGUAGCAGCAUUGGUGGUGGUGGUGGCCGUGGAAAGAAGAAACCAGUUGAGAAGUCUGCUGAUGAUCUUGACAAAGAACUGGAUAGCUAUCAUGCCGAAGCUAUGCAAACAUGAAAUUUUAGCUGAUGAACUUUUUUAGAACUGAUCCAGUGUUAGCUAUAGGUGUACAAAGUGGCCAUUGCUGUUGGUGCGUUUACUCUGCUUGUUUGUGGUUAAAUGCCUCGGUGGUUUUUGUUCUAGAUUUCUAAGCUUUAGUGAAAAGUGAAUGUCGGGUAAUUUUUCAACAGUUGGUUUGUUCCAAGGAAUUGAUGUGGGUGUUUAUUUCGUGUUUUGAUCUUCUGUUAUUGUUAUUUUUUAUUAGCCGAAAAUUGAUCAGAUGUACCCA